AUGGAGGUGCAGAUGGGGAAGGCCCCACCAUGUUUGAAUCCCUUCCUAAUGGUAAACCCCCUUUUGCCCCCUCGGUAUGUCUCUUCUUGGUCAUCCAAGCCUGCACUAGUUUUCCAAUCUGGCAUGAGCAAUGGUCAUGGAGCAUUAGAUUUAUGUGGGGAAAGAAAAAGGGGCUGGAAGGUCGUUGAUGUGGAGUACUUGUUCAGCAAGAUUCUAACUCCAAGCGAUGUUGGCAAGCUGAAUCGUCUAUUGAUCCCAAGGCAAUGCGCGGAGGAGUGCUUUCCCAAGAUUUUAGAGGCCAAGAGUGGUGAAGAUGAUGAUGAUUUCCUCAAUUUUGAGGACUUCUCCACAGGGUUAAUCUGGCGCUUCCGCUUUUGCCUCUGGAACAAUAGCAAGACCUAUGUCCUGACCAAGGGCUGGCACACCUUUAUCAAGGAGAAGAAUCUCAAGAAAGGUGAUGUUUUAUCCUUCUACCGUGGUGUCGAUAAGACUAUAAGAACAAACCACAUGUUUAUCCAUAUCACGCCCCAUGCUAGUACCAUGUCUCUGCCACAUCAUGUGCCAUGUACGAUCUUCUCUCCAUCUAGCUUGAUGAUUGAUGACCGGGUCCAUGAGAGCCUUAGCUUUGGUACAAGCCAUGGAAUUGUGCCAGCAUCGAAGCCUUUGUCCUUUGGAUCUGGGGAGUUGAUGCCUCCAACUAAUCUGAUGCCACAACAAACAACAUUUCCUGAAUCGGCAUCACUUGAAAUUGUAAGGGCAGAAAAGCGUUUGCGACUGUUUGGGGUCGACAUUGACAUCCCUUCUCAUGACUGUGGUGAUGAGUCUUGCAGUGGAUUCACCAAGAAUGUUGCUUCAAUUGUCCUGAACAUUUUGGAUGAAUAA